AAUGACCAGGAUUAGGAUGGCUAAGCCUGUACCUCAGCUCUGGAAACCAGUGGGAGUGGGAUCUGCACCUCCUCCUAGGCCACAGCUGCAGCUGUCCCCACCUUGUGCAGUGGGAGGGUCAGGCCACAUCAUGGGCCCCCUCCUCUCUACUCCAUCUCAUCCCUGCAGGGUUCUAGCAUCUUGUCCUGUUCUUACUUAGUUGACUGUGCAGUCACUCAGGGGCAGAGCUUGGACCUUGACCCAGGGUGGGCAGGAGCUUGGGGACCAACAUUAACGUACUUUUUGUGAGCCUGGGGUGAGCCUCUUCCCCUCUCUGGGCCUCAGUUUCCUCAUCUGCAAAUGAAGGGGUUCUCUUAUAAUAAGAAAGACCUUUCCGAUGUCCUGGGAUAGGUCUGCCUCCAGAUCACAGGCCUCUGAUUCUUUUUCUUUGGAGGGAGACUGGAGUCUGGUAUCCUCAUCCAGGCCUCAAAUUUUGAGACAGGGAGGGGGAAUCUCAGCCUGAGCCCUCCCUUCACCCUGCCCCUCCCCCCAGCAAUGGCCUGAGCCCCCAUGGCUGCCCCUCAGGACCUGGACAUCGCUGUGUGGCUGGCCACGGUGCACCUGGAGCAGUAUGCAGACACGUUCCGGAAGCAUGGCCUGGCUACAGCGGGUGCAGCCCAGGGCCUGGGCCACGAGGAGCUGAAGCAGCUGGGCAUCAGCGCCACAGGGCACCGGAAACGCAUCUUGCGCCUGCUGCAGACGGGCACUGCAGAGGGCUCCCUGGAUCCCCAAUUGGAUAGUGCCAUGGAGCCAUUACCCAGCCCAGCCCCCCAAGCCCAGCCCCCCAAGCCUGUGCCUAAGCCCAGGACAGUAUUUGGUGGGCUCAGUGGCUCCACUAUCACCCAGAGGCCUGGGAUGAGCCCAGCCCUCUUGAGACCAGAAGUGCCCAGGAGCCCAGAGUCCAGCCCAAGGUCCCUUCCUCUCCCCACCUCAUUCUCUGAGCAGCCUUCAGCCUUGAAUGCCGUGGAGAUGAUGCCCAAUGCCAUCUACUUUGGCCUGGAUUUAAGAGGCAGGGCACAGAUAGCUCCUGACAGGGCUGCAGACAGCUCCCAGACAGCUGCCCCAACUCCUGCCCUCAGGCCCACCACAGGCACAGUGCACAUCAUGGACCCUGGUUGCCUGUACUAUGGUGUCCAGCCUGUGGGGGUCUCAGGGGCGCCCAACAGAAGAGAAGGCAGAGCUGAGCACAGGCUCAGCAGGCAGGAUCUGGAGACACGGGAGGACGCUGGCUAUGCCAGCCUUGAGUUGCCUGGGGAUCCCACCUUCUCACUGCCCACCAUGGACACAGAGACCAGUGAUGACCUCAUUUCGCCCUAUGCCAGCUUCUCCUCCAUCGCAGACCGCCCAACGCCCCUGCUCAGUGGCUGGCUAGACAAGCUCUCCCCUCAGGGAAACUACGUCUUUCAGAGGCGCUUUGUGCAGUUCAAUGGGAGGAGUCUGAUGUACUUUGGCAAUGACAAGGACCCCUUCCCCAAGGGUGUGAUCCCUCUGUCCGCCAUUGAGAUGACCCGCAGCAGCAAGGACAACAAGUUCCAGGUCAUCACCAGCCAGAGGGUGUUUGUGUUCCGCACGGAGAGCGAGACUCAGCGGGACACUUGGUGCUCCACAUUGCAAUCCUGCCUGAAGGAGCAGCGUCUCCUGGGCCACCUGAGGAGCCCCCAGCAGCCCCGACCUCUCCGCACAGGCAUGCUGGAGCUGCGUGGACACAAGGCCAAAGUGUUUGCAGCCUUGAGCCCUGGAGAGUUGGCGCUGUACAAGAGUGAGCAGGCCUUCUCCCUGGGCAUCGGGAUCUGCUUCAUUGAACUGCAAGGGUGCAGUGUCCGGGAGACCAAGAGUCGCAGCUUCGACCUGCUCACACCCCAUCGCUGCUUCAGCUUCACAGCCGAGUCUGGGGGUGCUCGGCAGAGCUGGGCGGCCGCUCUACAGGAAGCAGUAAGCGAGACCCUGUCUGACUACGAGGUGGCUGAGAAGAUCUGGUCUAAUCGGGCAAACCUGCACUGUGCGGACUGUGGGGCCUCCCGCCCAGACUGGGCUGCUGUCAACCUGGGAGUGGUCAUCUGCAAGCAGUGUGCCGGUCAGCACCGGGCUCUGGGUUCCGGGAUCUCCAAGGUGCAGAGUCUGAAGCUAGACACAAGUGUCUGGAGUAAUGAGAUAGUGCAGUUGUUCAUUGUCUUGGGAAAUGAUCGAGCCAACCGCUUCUGGGCAGGGGCCCUGCCCCCAGGCGAGAGGCUGCAUCCAGAUACACCCCCAGGCCCUAGGGGAGAGUUCAUCUCCCAGAAGUACCGGCUGGGUCUCUUCCGGAAGCCCCACCCUCAGUAUCCAGAUCACAGCCAGCUUCUCCAGGCACUGUGUGCAGCUGUGACAGGACCCAACCUGCUGAAGAACAUGACCCAGCUUCUCUGUGUUGAAACCUCUGAGGGUGAGGAGCCGUGGUCUCCCUUGGCCCUCGAUGGCAGCUUCCCUGGUCUCCUGCCCUCAGACUCCUCCCUUGGCGUGUACAAUGAGGUGGUGGUGCCUGCCACUUACAGCAGCUUCCUGUACUGUGGUCCCAUCAGCAACAAAGCCGGACCCCCACCCCCUCGCAAGGGCCGGGAUGCUCCUUCCCGGCUGUGGUGUGUGCUAGGAGCGGCUCUGGAGAUGUUUGUGUCAGAAAGCAGCCCCGAACCCCUCAGCCUCAUUCAGCCCCAGGAUGUUGUAUGUUUGGGUGUGAGCCCUCCACCUACUGACUCAGGUGACCUUGACAGGUUCCCCUUUUCCUUUGAGCUCAUCCUCAUGGGGGGCAGGAUCCAGCAUUUUGGCACUGAUGGAGCUGACAGUCUGGAGGCCUGGGUCAGCGCUGUGGGCAAGUGGUUCUCCCCGCUGAGCUGUCACCAGCUGCUGGGCCCUGGGCUGGUGCGGCUGGGCCGCCUGUGGCUGCGGUCCCCCUCCUAUACAGCCCUGGCUCCCGGCCACUGGCUGUCAGGGUUUGGACUUCUUCGUGGUGACCACCUCUUCCUGUGUCCAGCACCGGGCCCUGGCCCUGCAGUCCCUGAGGACAUGGUACAUCUUCGGCGGCUACAGGAGAUCAGUGUAGUCUCGGCAGCUGACACCCCAGACAAGAAGGAGCAUUUGGUUCUGGUGGAGACAGGAAGGACCCUGUAUCUGCAGGGAGAGGGCCGGCUGGACUUCUCAGCAUGGAACACAGCCAUUGGGGGAGCAGCCGGUGGGGGUGGCACAGGGCUGCAGGAGCAGCAGAUGAGUAGAGGUGACAUCCCCAUCAUCGUGGAUGCCUGCAUCAGUUUUGUCACCCAGCAUGGGCUCCGGCUGGAGGGCGUGUACCGGAAAGGGGGCGCGCGUGCCCGCAGCCUGCGGCUCCUGGCUGAGUUUCGGCGGGAUGCCCGGUCGGUGAAGCUCCGACCAGGGGAGCACUUCGUGGAGGAUGUCACUGACACACUCAAACGCUUCUUUCGAGAGCUCGAUGACCCCGUGACCUCUGCACGAUUGCUGCCUCGCUGGAGGGAGGCUGCCGAGCUGCCCCAGAAGAAUCAGCGCCUGGAGAAAUACAAAGAAGUGAUUGGCUUCUUGCCAAGGGUCAACCGCCGCACACUGGCCACCCUCAUUGGGCAUCUCUAUCGGGUGCAGAAGUGUGCAGCUCUAAACCAGAUGUGCACACGGAACCUGGCCCUGCUGUUUGCACCCAGUGUGUUCCAGACGGAUGGGCGUGGGGAACACGAGGUGCGGAUACUGCAGGAACUCAUCGACGGCUAUGUCUCUGUCUUUGAUAUCGACUCUGACCAGGUAGCUCAGAUUGACUUGGAGGUCAGUCUCAUCACCACCUGGAAGGAUGUGCAGCUGUCCCAGGCUGGAGACCUCAUUAUAGAGGUUUAUAUAGAACAACAGCUCCCAGACAACUGUGUCACCCUGAAGGUAUCCCCAACACUGACUGCGGAGGAGCUGACUAACCAGGUACUGGAGAUGCGGGGGACAGCAGCUGGGACUGACUUGUGGGUGACAUUUGAGAUUCUUGAGCACGGGGAGCUUGAGCGGCCACUGCAUCCCAAGGAAAAGGUCCUGGAGCAGGCCUUACAAUGGUGCCAGCUCCCAGAGCCCUGCUCGGCCUCCUUGCUCUUGAGAAAAGUCUCCCUGGCCCAGGCCAGCUGCCUCUUUACAGGUGUCCAGCGGGAGAGCCCAAAGGUGGGGCUCUUGCGGUGUCGAGGGGAACCGCCCCGCUUGCUGGGAAACCGCUUCCAGGAGAGGUUCUUUCUGCUUCGUGGUUGCUCCCUACUGCUGCACAAAGAGAAAAAGAGCUCUAAACCAGAACGGGAGUGGUCUCUGGAAGGUGCCAAGGUCUACCUGGGGAUCCGCAAGAAGUUAAAGCCUCCAACGCCGUGGGGCUUCACAUUGAUACUGGAGAAGAUGCACCUCUACCUGUCCUGCACUGAUGAGGAUGAGAUGUGGGACUGGACCACCAGCAUCCUCAAAGCCCAGUACGAUGACCAGCAGCCAGUGGUCUUACGACGCCGUUCCUCCUCUGACCUUGCCCGUCAGAAGUUCGGCACCAUGCCUUUGCUACCCAUCCGUGGGGAUGACAGCGGGGCCACUCUCCUCUCUGCCAAUCAGACCCUGAGGCGACUUCACAAUCGGAGGACCCUGUCCAUGUUCUUUCCAAUGAAGUCAUCCCAGGGGUCUGUGGAGGAGCAAGAGGAACUGGAGGAGCCUGUGUAUGAGGAGCCAGUGUACGAGGAAGUGGGGGCCUUCCCAGAGCUGACCAAAGACACCCUCACCUCCUUCUCCACCAUGAGGGGGCAGACAGCCAAGUCAGAGAGCCCCCCCGCCAGCCAGAGGUCCUCCGAUCAGCCCCUUCUCUCCAAGACAGGCCGGGAGGAGAGGCCACCAGAGCCCCCUCCAGGUCCCCCUUCAAAGAACAGCUCCCAGGCAUAUGCAUCCUUGGAGGAGCAGCUGCUCCAGGAGCUCAGCAGCCUCAUCCUGAGGAAGGGAGAAACCACCCUAGGCCUGGGCAGCCCCUCCGAGCCCUCCAGCCCCCAGCCCCCAAGCCCCAGCAGCCACCUGACACAGACACCUGGCUUCCCCACCCCACCUCCCUGCACUUCCAGUCUACCCUCCAGCCAGCCCCUCACAUGACCAGCAGUCUGAGGGGUAGGUAACCAAAAGACCAAGCUCUCACCUUGGCAGACAUUGUUGGGAGCUUCCUCUGCCCUGGCUGGAAAGACUCUAGAAUCCAGUGUGGUACUGUGGAAGUAGCAUAGGAACUGGGGGCUCCAGAGGCUGUGUCCUGCCCAGAGAGGGGCAGGUCAUGGCCCCUCUUUGGGCCUCUGCUCACCUGUCUGUACCUUGAAUUAACUGAAAGUAGAGCAGUGAAAGUCACACUGUUUCUCAGGGCUGUAGGCCCCACAUAUGUUUCCUUCAACAAGGGCAACUCCUGCUUUAUAUAUUUGAUAUGUUGGGGUUCUGUGAGAGAUUUGGGGUUUGAAAAGAAUGGUCUUACUGCAUUAAAUUAAAAAAAGGAUUUGGAAGCCAGAGCUCUGAAUGAUCUCCAAGUCUGUCCUACUCUGCCUCCUACGUUUGGGGACUACAUUGAAGCCCAAGAGUGGAGAGGUCGACUAGAGUUGGGAGCUGGGGCAAAGACAAACCAAAAAGGAUGGGUCACUGUUAAUAAACCUUGGAACCAAAAGGCUACCAUUCUUUUAUUCAUUUAUUUGUUCAUUUGUUCACUCAACAAAUAUGUAUUGAACACCCAGUUGUUGCUAGGAGUUGGGGAUAGAGUAUGAACAAAACAAAUGGGGUCCCUGCUUUUAUGGAGCUUCCGCUGUAGAGGGGGAACAGAAAACAGAAAAUACA